AUGCGCUUCUCAUCUCUCGUUCUGGGCCUCGCCGCCACUGUGUCGGCCAUCGACAUCAGGGGACACGAUCAGGAUGUCUGCAGAGGAGGCUAUGUUGCCUGCGUGAACGUCGAGCCCAACGUUUGCUGCACGUUUAACAACAAGGCGAGCAUUUGGGUGGCUGCCAUCCCGCCGGCGUGGCGCAUCCGUGCCAGGUCCUCCACUGGCGGCGGCUGCACGUACCUCGCGACCGAGGGCGACAACAACGGCACCCAGGACAUCUGCCUGGCGUACACGAGCCGCGGCCUCCGUACCGGCGCCAUGUACUGGUUCCUCAGCCGCAAACGCGCCGAGGACGAGACCUGCCCCGUUGCGCAGCCCGAUGGUGGCAAGUGCGAGGCUAUGGCCAAGCCCAACGUGCUGGGUCUUGCGGACGGCACCGAGUACAACAUUGAGGGCCUGUCUGAUGAGAAGGUUGCGGAGAUGGAAAAGAUCAUGGCGACCGGGGCUGGUGCCGACGCCAUGCCCGCCGAGUUCCAGACCCUUCGCCGCUAG